CACAACAAGCUAAGUUGUAAUCUUGCCUAUUAUAAAGCCAGCCUUAUCAAAGUUAUAGACGUCCUUAUUACAGAUGCUGUACUUAGCCUUCGUCUGCUCUACAAGCCUGAACUAGUGGAACUAGCCCUAGAUUACCUUAGGAUCCUCGCAAAGGGCUCUCUUGUAGUUGUACUUUCAAUUAAACUUAACUAUAAGCUCUGGGCGACGCUUAACGAACGUGCUAGCCCAGUUCUUGCUAACAGGAGGCUGGUGGCGCUCAGUAAGUAG